CAUUCUAAAACAAAUGGAGGUGAUAUGAGGUUGCAACAGUAUAGUAUAUGGUUAUGUGCAACAACAUAUUUGCAGUUGUCUUAAACUAAAAUGUAUGUUACAACCGGCGAGGCUACAGUUAAUGAAAUGGGUUAUGCAAUGAGUAGACUAGAUAUAGAAGCAGACCUUUGCGAUGGGGGGAAUACCAUCCAUGAAGACACUAACAGAUCAGCGCCAUCUUGUUUAUGCUAGUAUGUCAGCUAUUGUCCAUAUUGUUAAUGUUGGGUCCCCUGAAAUAGAGUCUCUAGCAAAUAUUACGGAGAUCCAUGAAGGUUUGGAUUUUUUUGCCGAUGAUGAUGGAGGAUACUCUUUUGGAAUCUUCUCUGUCAAAUUUUCAACAGAUGGACAAGAAGUCGUUGCUGGAAGUAGUGAUGACUCUAUUUAUGUUUAUGAUCUUGAAUCAAAUAAGUUUUUGGAAGGUGAUUUGUAUAUUAUUACCAUCACCUGGCAAAGGAACUCUCAAUGUACAAGUAUUUUGCGUAUUUGGGACCUUCCAAAAGACAGUUUGUAUGUAUAUUAUUGCUUUACACGUAUAGUUUUUGGUCAUUAUGAUGGAUUUUGCUAUAGUUCAGGCAUAAGGAUUUAA